AUGAACGAUUUUGAGAAGUUUAAAGAUGUCGAUGCUGGAAGUAAAAAAGUUCGAAAGCAAGGCUCUUCUUAUAUAUCAUCAGAGUCUGAGACUCCUACUCCUGAUUCACCUCUGGUAUCAUCUCCUAACUUAUCAUCAUUUUCACUAAAUUUGAAUGAGGAUGUUGCAGAAAAUAAUCGGCUUGUUGAGUUGUUGGCAAAGUCAGGUGCAGACAGGCAGCGAGAUUUGGAGAUGAAAGAUAGAACUUUGAAACUAAAAGAAUUUAGAGAAGAAAAUAAAAUUUUAUUGUCGAAUUUAGAUUCUAUUAGUGAUCCAAAUAUUCGUGAAUUUAUUCGACAAGAACAAAAAAGAAUAAUGGAUAAAAGAAGUCAACAAUUUCAACAGCCACAACCACAACAAUCCUCUGCCCCAUACACUCAAUAUUUUAAUGAUAUUGGUGGAUCUGGAAACGACCUACCAGAGUACUAA